AUCGUCUCGAGUUCCUGCGUGUUUUUUCUUCUUUCUUUUCUCCGUACACAUAUUUCACUCGGUUCUUCCUUCUCCUUGGGAGACUGCAUUGGCCUUUCUGCACAUAGCUUAUCUCAUUCCUUGAUAUACUCCGAAAUCGCAUAGCCACAAUUCAUGAGAUGGGCAACUCUAUUCUAUGAGCAUUACGAGGCUUGAUCGGAGGACUUUUUUUUCUUCAUCUAUCGCAGACACAACUCAAAAUCUUGGUUUUAGGUACUAGAACCGCCUAUUGUAGCUGCUAUGGCCUGGCUUAGAAUCAUCGCUGGUAUCGUUAGCUUGCUCACUAUCGUCCAGCCCAUAUCAGCUGCACCCAGCCGUGAGGGCGCUCACAAAGAGUACUGCCCCGUUCUCUAUAACGAACCACCAACCAACUGCCGUCCUCUUCCUGAAACUUUUUUGACUUUCUCUUCGAAGCCCUCUGAUACUACACCAGCAAACACUCAGAUUCUUGAGGAUGCGCUCAGUGCUCUUUCAGCUCUUCAAGACCACUUCUUUGAACCGGAUUACGCAACAUGGCCAUCUGCUAUAGACUGGACUGCUGCUGUUGCAGGAACAGUCGUGGCUGGAAUGCUCACCACUCUGUCCAAGGCUAUCGAUUCGAUCGACCUUGCUGGUAUUGAUGAUUGGAGGGUGAAAGAGAACCUCAUCGCGACUUUCUAUGCGCAGCUUGUGGGUUCGUACUUUGGACAAGAUGUGCUGUCAAUCAGAGGCCAGGCUUACGACGACAUAUUAUGGGUCGCUCUUGGCUGGAUCGAGGCCAUCAAAUUCGUGAGAACUCACGCUGAUCUUCACUACCCCAAGAUAAAAUCCGGGGGAGUUUCUGAGAGAAGUAAUUUGAGGGAAGUCAUCGAAUCUAUGCCAUGGCAGGGCUACAACUGGUUCUCAUCUUUUGCGCACCGCUCUCGCAUCUUCUGGAACCUGGCAACUCACGGGUGGGAGACAAAGUUCUGCAAUGGGGGCAUGGUCUGGAAUCCUCGCUUGAACCCAUACAAAAACGCCAUCACGAAUGAGCUAUGGGUGGCCGCCUCGAUCUCCAUGUAUGAGCACUUUCCUGGCGACAACUUCACUGCACCAUGGCUGAACAGUGCUGCAUUCCCGGGUAACGACCCUGCGCAUCUGGAGGCCGCCAUGCGAGGGUACAAGUGGCUCAUCGAUGUCAACAUGACCAACUCCCUGGGUCUAUUUGUGGAUGGAUAUCACAUCGAUAGCACCAAGCCCGGUAACACGAAUUGCGAUCUUCGAGACGAGAUGGUGUACACGUAUAACCAAGGUGUCUUGCUGACAGGCCAACGAGGUCUGUGGUCUGUCAGUGGAAGCGCAUCGUAUCUGGAAGAUGGGCAUCGUCUGAUCCAGUCCGUCAUCAGAGCUACAGGAUGGAAUCUGAAGGAGACCAAGCCUGUCGAUGAUCUGAAACACUUGGGUCCCGGUCAGUUGCCUCCAUGGUAUGGACUUGGCCGAGGAGGUAUCCUGGAAGAACAGUGCGAUGCUAGUAGCACCUGCUCCCAGGACGGCCAGACUUUCAAGGGCAUCUUCUUCCAUCACUUCACAGCAUUCUGUAGUCCUCUUGAACCUCUAGUCGCCAAGCAGGGCAGAACAAUCGAUCCCCGGGGAUACCGACGUGUGAAAGGCAUUCACGCAGAUGCAUGCCAGUCAUACUUGGGCUGGGUCAAACAUAACGCCCAUGCGGCUAUGAAGACUCGCAAUGACGAUGGCCUUUUUGGCAUGUGGUGGGGAGCUGGCAUCUAUGGUGCUCUCCCAACACUGGAUACCGACGGUAUCGACCACGCCGCAGAGAACGCAACCGACUACCGCAACCAAGGAACGCCUGAUGACGAGACUUGGGGUGGGCUUCACCGAUGGACUCCAGGUACAGGACACUGGUCACCUUCAGGGCCGAAGUCUGACCAGCAUGUUAUGGACAGUGUUGGGGAGGACCUUGUACCUCGCGACGGAAGACAUUCACCUCGAGAGGUGAAGAUGAAGGGACAGGAUCCCAAUGAACGGGGACGGGGGCGGACUGUUGAGACACAGGUUGGAGGAAUUGCGCUGCUUAGAGCAUAUUGGGAGCUUUCUCAAUCAUUUGAACGAUGACGAUUUCAUGUUUAUGACUGAUAAAAUGCGUUUAUAGAGUAGACUGCAUAGACUGCGAUAGAACGAUGACGAUCUGAACGCAUUUGCGUUCGUAACCUUUCAGAGUACCUCUGGAUGAUGAGUGAUCAAUGCCCUUCUCCGAUCUGAAAUCUCGUGCAUCGAGAUCAUCCUAUGCCAUGAUACACGAGCAAAG